UCGUCUGCUUGCAAUAUUUGCCCGGAAUAAAUCGCUGAACAUUGCAAGUAAACCUGCCUGGAAUACGAUGACCCCUCCUAAGGAACUGUAACUCGAGCGAAUUUCUACUACAUUUCCCGCCAAUCGACAGCUGUCCUCAUGCAAGCGGUACAUUGAGUUCUUAGUCCUACUGUAAAAGAAUACUGGCAGUACUGGUGUGGUACGUGACAGUGUGAUCAUGGCAACAGCUAGUCCACAGAUAAGAAAUUUUCGAAUUGGUCGAAUGGAACAGUCUGAUACCUUGGGAAUUGAUUACCAUGAUGCUGCUAGAAAUGGAAACAAGAAGAAAUUAAAAAAGAUUAUCGGAAGAGGUAUUCAGAUUGAUUAUCCAAAUGACCAGGGCCAGUCUCCUUUGUUUAUUGCUUGCUUCGAAAAUGAGCCAUCAGCAUGUGAUUUAUUGCUUAGCAACGGAGCCAACCCAAAUGAGAGGAGCAAUGCUGGGACCACCCCUGUACACAUGGCUGCCUAUUCUGGUAAUGUCAAGCUUCUAUCUGAUGUGCUGGCUGCAGGGGGAGAUUUACGUUUCCAUGAUAACCUUGGACGAACAACUAAAGACUGGGCACUCUGUCAACCAGAACCAAAGAGAAGAAUGAAAAUGCUUGAAUUCCUAGAGAAGACAAAAUUGUUUGCACUGACAACUUCUGGAAGAGAUAUCAGGGUUGGCAAUAAGAUGUCCAGUCAUGUUCAUGUGAACAAGAAUAAUUCACUGAUGCACAUCAUAAAGAACAAGAUCAAAGGUGGGAUUGAUGCAAAUAUAGACCAGCUAAAGAGCUCACACAGCAUGGGGUUUGGAAAGGUAUACUUGGAUGGUGAUUCCAGCAGUGGCUUUAUGACAAGUAUCCCAUUAAUAUCAGAGAGCUGCCUCCGACACAAUGGCGAUGGUUUAACAUUCGAAAAUGGGGCUUUUAUGGUAAUGGAAAGUAUACAUUGGCAGUCAACAAAAGUGACAGCUAAAAGGUUACAUCGGGAGGCAGAAGCAGGUGGAGAGGUGGAUUUACUCAUUACGGAGGCAGAAUUUGUCGGGAAGUUGCGACAUCCUGAUAUUUUACUGCUGAUGGGUAUUUGUCAAACAAACAACCUUGACGGUUUGGUGCUGCUAUUCGAGAAUGUCGGUGUAGGAUCACUUUACUAUCAACUACAUGAAAAGUCUGAACGAAUGUCAACAAACCAAAUACAUGAAAUACUGGUACAGAUAUGUGAUGGUAUCAUUUUCCUACACGACCAGGAUUUAUUACAUUGCUACAUCACGUCACAUGCUGUUUUUCUUGUAUCAUCACACACAGCAAAACUUGGAAACCUGGAAUACGCAAUUGAGAGAAACAAAAGUGAAGUUGGAAAAAGAUCCUUAGUUAUCAGUAACAAGCACCAGAAUGCAGCCUACAACUGGAUGGCCCCCGAGAUCAUCAAUGGGUCUUGUCCUUCUGCAGCGUCUGAUAUGUACAGCUUUUGUGCCGUCAUGUGGGAAAGUUUUGAGAACACGAUUCCCUGGGGAAAAUGUGAUGCAGCAACCAUUAGACAGAAAAUGUUCAAUGACGGAGAGCAACUGCCACUUAGUUCGGGAAGGACACCUCAGUUGUAUCUAACUCUUAUGGAAUAUGGAUUGCAGCUGGACCCUCAGCAUCGACAGCUGAGUUUCAACCAUGUCCGGGACAUAUUAGGCUUGUCAACUGAAAAAGUAAAGCAGUAUAUUUCCAAUCUUUCGCCAAAGCAACAACCAUUGAACGGUAACAGAGAAACCAUAACAGAACAGGAAAUAUCCAAUUCUAGACAAAAGUCAAACAGAGAAACAGGUAGGGUUGAAGGAAUGCAUGCAAGAGACCAAACACAGCAGUCAAGCUGGAAGCCUCAGCGUCCAAAAAGUCCACCUGAUGGACAAAAAGCAAAACGACAUGAUCAAAAUCAGUCUAGUAGAGAAAAAAAGCACAGGAAUGAAAGUUCUCCUGCAAAAGCAAAAGUUUCUCCAAACAAAGAAUAUGCAUACAAGUCACAGGAUGGUGUUGCUUUUGAUAUCAAAAACACACAUUGGGAUUUACAAGAGGAACAAAAUCAACAUGAAUAUCACUACAGAGUAAAAGUCCUUCCAAAGAAAGAGAAGACACACAGUCCUCAACAAAAGUAUAACCAACAUCAACGUCAACAAAUAAGCAAUCAGAAGCACUAUGGGCAAGAUUAUCACCAACAGCAUGAACAACAACAACAAAUAAGCGAUCAGAAGCACUAUCGGCAAGCUAAUCACCAACAGCAUGAACAGCAACAGUUGGAAUUGUAUGAAAAGCAACGUCUUCAUCAAGGGUACGAUCAGCAACACGAUCCAAAAGAGUAUGAACAGCAAACGUAUGAUCAGCAAUCAUACGAAAAGCAAGACCUUCAACAAACAUACAAUCAACACCACCAUCAACAAGGGUAUGGCCAACAACAGCAACAUCAGCAAGCAUAUGGAAAGCAACACCAGCGUCAAAUGUAUGAUCACAUGUUGUAUGAUGAACAGUGUGAUGUACAAACUGGCCAAUCACAGUAUGAGCCUGAAAGUAGGUGUGGAAAGGCUUCUCCCGACAAAGUCACCGGUAACAUCACAUCCAGUGAAAGUGAGGAGUCUUGUAAUACCCAAACAAGCUCCAGUCAAGAUACAGAGCAGCAACUAAAUACAAGCCUGGCCAAGCCAUUGGCUACCAGGUUUAGCUACCUACAGAUCAAUCAGGUGAGGAGCCCAACUGGUGUCAGUGUCAAGCCCGCAAGCCAUUCUACCGCACCUUUCGAAACAAUAGAGAAAGACACAGAGAAGACUCUAAGUAAUGCUGGAAGUGUAUUUGCUCUAUACAACAUGGACUGCUUUGAAGGCAAGGAGAGUACACCAAACAGACAACCAAUUUCUAAACAAAAUCAGCAUUACAGCACGAUGCCAAGAAAGAGGAAAAGGAUGGGGAUGACCCCUGAAAUCAAGAAUGAUACAAAAAUGUUGCUAAAACAACCAGGGAGUGUUAGGAAUUUGGUUGACUUGUACCAGCAUCAGGAAAGCAGUCACAAACUGAAACAGGCAGUGUUACACGGAAAUAUUAAAGACUGUAUGGACGGAGAUAAUUGUAUUUAUCCAAGUUUGGAUGAUUCAGACAUCAGAAGUGACAAAGAAAUUAAAAGUCCAAACUGCAACAACCAUGGAAUGAACCAGCACAAUUGUUCAGGUGUCAAACCCAUGAGGAAAAUGAGAAAUCCAUCCCCAGCUAAAAAGGUGGACAAGGCAUACCAUGCAUCUUCACCUGUCAACGAUGUUAUGAACAGCAGUAGUCUGACUACUGUCUCACCAUGUGAUAGUGGUUCUGCUUUCUGCGACAACAGCAGUGUCGGAUCUGAACUCAUUGAGAAAUGGGUGGCACAUGAAUUAAUAAAAGUGAGGAACUCUCUGAGUGAAGAAGUUUUUCAUGCUCUGGAUAUAAAAGAAAAUAUCACAUCAAAUGCAAGAAUAAGGAGUCCAUUGUUUGAUGACAGUCAACAUUAUGAUUCUGUUCCUUGCAAGACAAAGGCAAAACAAGGAAAAAAGAAAGGAAACAAGAAAACAGAAGUGGAGGAAUUCUAUUUUGAUGAUGAGCUAAACCAAGAUCUAGAGGAACACAGUAACAUACAGUUACAGUCUCCACUGUCCUCACCUCCAGUUUCCUACGGACUCAAGGCGCGUAAAAGUUCCUUUAUCAUCACACCUCAAACUUGCAAUGAAUUUGGAGAAACAAAACUUAGAGACGGAACAGACUACAACCAAUCUCUUUGUAUAGAACGAUAUCAGCAAAGCGCUCAACCAAGUCAAGUCACAAAUACUGGAAACUUUUCUCAUGAAAGACCUGCCUAUGUCAGCACUGUUACCAUAAGUUCCAACCUCAAGGAUCCAGAAAAGCAUGAUAUAACUCACACGCUGACAGACCUAGACAAUGGUGCAACAAACACCAUGUACAGAAAGUCUAUCAGAGCUUCACGGGUUGUUUCUUCUCUGUUUGGACAAUGAUAACGUCUGUGUGUUCCCUAGAAAUUUUGCAUGAUGUGAUAUUGUUAACUUAUCUCAUUUACAUUCAGCAAGACUGAUUCACUAAAGUGCCUGUUCAAAUGGAAUUGAUGUUAAUUAUUGUGUAUAUAAUAUUCUGAGAAAGAAGUUUUCCUCAGAGGUCCUAGCUCUGUGUUGAAAUUUUGUACAUUAUUGUAUUAUAGAAAUUGUACCAUAUAUGUUAUUCAGAGUUGUUUUAAUAUAUGCCUAAAGGACAAUGAUUAUCUUAUGAGGACAACCUUGGUAAAAAAAAGUGCGGUCAAUUUUACCUUUCUUACUAAAUUCCAGCUUCAAUCCCCAUAUGCUGUGGUGACACUCAUGUUCAAAGGGAGAUAAUACUGUUUCCAUACCAAGCACUGAAAACCAUGGCCAGAUUAGGCUAAAAAAAGUUGUUUAUAUCUUUUCAAAGGAAACAAUCAGAAGAAAAUUGAUAUUAAACUGUUAACAUAACAGUUAAAUACAUUGCAGUAACUGCAGCUCAAAUAUCAUAUUUAUGUUUUUGUUUAAUAAUGAAAUUGUAUUAGGGUAUUUGACUAUUUCAAACCAUGUGGUCAGAUCUUUGAGCUAUUAUUUCAGCAUUUCAGCAUGUUGUGUAGAAAGAGUAAGAGUUCAAAAUAAUUAAAAACUUGAACUUAUAUGGACUACACAUUCUAAUACAAUAUUUGGUUAAAUGUUUAAUUUUUUUGAAAGUCUGUUGUCCAACAUAUAAACGUUUUUCCCCAUUGUGUUAAAACAUGAUUAAUUAUAGUCUCCUAUAUACAUCAUACGUGGCUUGCUUUUAAGGUGAUCACUUUCUUGUUAUGAAAGUCUAUUUAUUCUGAAAUUCAAUCUCUUUAAAGGCAUUACUGAUGUAUUUAACAAAAUGUACUUUUGGUUUAACAUUUGACACUUUUUUUUAAUUUAUAACAUUAUAUUCUUAACAUGCAUAAAGUAUCGUUCGUAGAGAUAUCUGUAAACGAAUUCAAGAUAUCUUUAAAUGCAUUAAAGAAAAUUGUAUCGAGGAUGAAUGUCUGCUUUUCAUUCUCUAUAUAUCAUGGAAAUGAAUCAUUGACUUAUAGCUACAGACUUGAUGUAAAUUGAACCGCUAUUUAUUCUAUCAAACACAUUUGUUGACAUUUGACUGUACUGUACAACAAUGGAAUUUUCCAUAAGAUUAUGCAGUUGUUCUCACAUAUAUUAUACUCAACUAUGUUAUUUAUUGUUUCUGGUGUACAGAUGCUUAAAGCUCCUGAUGACCCUUCAUUUCAAUGUGUUAAUAUAUAUGUGCACGAUUGUUCUUUUAUUUUUUAAUCAGAAUAUAUUACAAAUAAUAGGGAUGCUAAUUGAUGCUGGACCUCAAGUUUUUAUUUGUGGAAGAGGUUAUGCGAUCAUAUGUUAUCAGACAGGCUCUAAAUGUUAUCAGUAUUUCAAGAUAUGGGUGACAUAUGAACACUAGAGGAAUUUUCUUUUGAUACUUGCUGUUAAGUUUACAAAUACAAUUUGUAUAAACAUUUUUAGAUCACCUGAGACAAAGUCUCAAGUGAACUAUUGCGAUCGCCUUU